AAAUUCUGUGAAGUACAGUACUAUUCAGAUCUCUGCUACUGCUGUUUAUUUGCCUGUUUUGUUCAACAAAAGACGGACGACACGACACAGGAACUAUUACUCAUUGCUAGAUUCAACAUUUCAGCAUAGAUACUGGAGGAGAUAAGGCCAUAGAUCUGCUAACAAACAGGGUGAGUCUUUAAAAGUGGGAGUAUACUCUGCUUCCUCAGGCCAUUACAGAGGAGCGAGGGGAGUGUGUGUGAUAGAGGGGAAAAAAUGGCUUGCAAGUUGUCUCUCCCAGAGGUGGAUUUCUCCUGUGCUGUGUGCUGUGACAUCUUCAAGGAUCCUGUCAUCCUGUCAUGUAGCCACAGUUUCUGUAAAGCCUGUCUGCAGGAAUUCUGGAAAGAGAAGCCAUCUCAAGUGUGUCCAGUUUGCAGGAGAAGAUCCUCAAGGUCUGAGCCUCCCAAUAACCUGGCUCUCAAGAACCUGUGUGAGGCCUAUUUACAGUCGAGGAGUCGGAGAGCUUCGGCAGGGUCUGAGGUUCUCUGCAGUCAGCAUGGAGAGAAACUCAAGCUCUUCUGUAAGGAGGAUAAACAGCCUAUCUGUGUGGUGUGUCGCGAUUCAAGGAAACACAGAAAACAUGAGUCCAUCCCUAUAGAUGAAGCUGUACAGGAACAUAAGGAGAGACUCAAGCCUACGUUGACGUCCUUACAGGAGAAACUGGAAGUCUUUACGAAAGUUAAACUCACCUGUGAUGAAACAGCACAGCAUAUCAAGAGGCAAGCCCAGCAAACAGAGAUGCAGGUUAAGGUGGAGUUUAAGAAGCUUCACCAGUUUCUACGUGAUGAAGAGCGGGCCAGGCUAGCUGUACUGAGGGAGGAAGAGGAGCAGAAGAGUCAGUUGAUGAAGAAGAAGAUUGAGGAGAUGAGCAGUGUGAUGUCAUCUCUUUCAGACACAAUCAGAGCCGUAGAGGAAGAGCUGAGAGCUGAAGACAUCUCAUUCUUACAUACAUACCAGGCCACGGUGAAAAGAGCCCAGUGCACACUGCCGGAUCCACAGCUGGUCUCAGGAGCGCUGGUAGACAUGGCCAAACACCUGGGCAACCUGAAGUUCAGAAUCUGGGAGAAGAUGCAGGACAUUGUUAAAUAUAGUCCUGUGAUUCUGGACCCCAACACUGCCAGCCUGGUCCUCACCCUGUCUGAGGACCUGACCGGUGGGAUGAUCAGUUACUCACCAGAACAGUUCCCUGACAACCCAGAAAGGUUUGAAAGCAAGUUUAUGAAUGGAUGGGUCCUGGGCUCUGAGGGCUUUAACUCAGGGAAACACAGCUGGGAUGUUGAGGUUGAACACAAAUUUUCCUACUUUGUAGGUGUGGCCACUGAGUCUGUCAAUAGGUCUAAUCCUUGGGAUGACGUCUGGGCUUUUCAACACAAUGAAAAUGUUUUAAAUUUAGAUGAAUAUGAAUAUGAAGUACGGUGCCCAAACAGUGAACCCAUUGGUCUCAUAUUGAGAGGGAGACCCCAUAGGAUCAGAGUGCAGCUGGACUGGGACAGAGGAGAGCUGUCAUUCUUUUCUGCAUAUGUUAACACACAUAUACAUACUAUUACACAUACUUUCACAGAGACAGUCUUUCCAAUAUUUUAUACAUCUUUGGGCAAGCUAAAUAUUUUACCAGUUAGGGUCUCUGUAACAGUUGAGAGAUGAGAGAUGAAACCACCUCUGUCUGUAACAGGGGAACAGCACAGUUAGAGAUGAAACCACCUCUGUCUGUAACAGGGGAACAGCACAGUGAGAGAUGAAACCACCUCUGUCUGUAACAGGGGAACAGCACAGUGAGAGAUGAAACCACCUCUGUCUGUAACAGGGGAACAGCACAGUGAGAGAUGAAACCACCUCUGUCUGUAACAGGGGAACAGCACAG